AUGUACCACUGUCCGUGCUGCUUCGAAUCUUGUGCUACAGAAGUAAUUUUCAUUAAUCAUUGGAAAUGUAAACAUACUACAAAUGAUUCCAUAUUUCGCUGCAAACAAGGAAAAUGUUCUCGCGUUUUUUCCGAUGUAAACGUCUUUAAAAAACAUUUAAUUCGCGCUCACAGCACUGAUAGGGAAGAAGAAAAUCAACCAUUAGAAUCUUCAUCAGCUGAGAGUAUGGAUAUUGAAAACAAUCUAGCUCCAGCUUUAUCGAACUCUAAUUUGAUUAUAAAUUCUUCUCCUUCAGUUGAUUUUGCGAAUAAUGGGACGUCGGUAGAAGAAUCUGCGAGAAUUACUCCACGAGAAUUCGCUGGAAUGUUGUCGAAAAGCGUAGCUUUAUUUGUUGCGAAAUUAUAUGCAAAUUUCUGUGUGCCCCGAUCUUUGGUCCAAGAAAUUAUAAACGAUGUUAGAAUUAUUACUGAUCACGUCGGAAUUCUAAAGACUAUGCAUAUUCCGAAUGAAACAUUAGAAUCUGAGAAUUUAAAUCAAAUGUUUGACAUUUUUCAGAACGGAUUUAUAGAUCACGAAUCAGAACACAAAUCUCUGAAUUAUUUUCAGAAUCUCGAGACGCUAAUUUUGCCAGAACAAUUUGUUAUUAACGGUAGAAUGGAAAAGAAAAAUCAAAAAGGCGAACCACAACUUUCCUAUGUCGAGCAAACAAUUUCCUAUAUACCUAUGAAAAGCGUUUUGAAAAAUUUCUUGGAACUUCCUGGAGUUUUUAAUGCAAUUUUAUCUAACAUUGAAAAAGCUGAAAAAAGCGAGAAAAUUGUUUCUGUCGUACAAGGAACGUUGUGGAAGUCGUUAAAACAAAAAAUAUCGGGAACACUGCUACCCCUCAUUGUCUACUUUGAUGAUUUUGAGAUAAACAAUCCCCUUGGAACCCAUCGAUGUUUUCAUAAAAUGGGGGCUGUUUAUUACACAUUAGACUGUAUUCCAGACGAAUAUGCAAGUUUGUUGGAGAAUGUAUUUCUUGCACAGUUUCAUAACACGCAAGAUUAUGAUGAAUGUGAUAAUGAACAGAUUUUUUGGAAAUUCAUCCUGAUGUUAAUUGAGUUAGAAACGACGGGAAUUAUCAUUACUGUUGAUGGUGUUCAAAUAAACGUCAAAUUUGCAAUGUUUACUAUGUCAGGGGAUAAUUUAGGACUGAACGGUGCAUUAGGUUAUACUAAAGGUUUCAAUUCUGACUUUAAUUGUAGAGGAUGUAUUGCUAAUAAAGAGCAGCGCCAAAAUCUAGUCAUUGAGGAUAGUAAACUUAUGCGAACGGAAGAAAAUUACAACUCUGAUGUGGAAACUAAGUCCAGGGGUAUACGGGAGAGAUGCACAUUCAACAAACUCAUCAGUUUUAAAGCGUACGAAAAUUUCUCUGUUGAUCCCGAUCAUGAUCUUUUAAAACACGGUCUCAAUGUGCCCCCUCCUAUUAAAAAAGAAUGGCUGGAAAAUGGACAAAUUAUGUACACUGCAACCGAAAUGCUAACAUUUAUUGAAUAUCUUCCUUUAGUAAUUGGUCUUCUUGUUCCAGAGAAAAAUAAAUAUUGGCAUCUUCUGUUGCUACUUCGUCAAAUCGUCUCGAUUGUUUAUGAGCCCGAAUUUAUUGAAGAAGAUGUAAAAAAAUUGGAGCGUCUCCAUUGCACAACAUCACCGUCUAUGUAA